AUGGAUGGGUCUGACACACAUGAUAAAGCUUCUUGGAGCAAGGCAAUGUUGCAUACGUUUUGCAACAUUUGCAUUACAGCUAUUGAGAGAGGCAUGAGACCAAACACACAUUUUGACAAAGCUGGCUGGAAAUUUGUCGUGCAGUCAUUCAAAGAUCAAACAGGCCUUUCCUUAUCAAAAUCUCAGCUUAAAAACAAAUGGGAUGGGAUUAAAAAGGACUGGAGGGUAUGGAAAAAAUUAAUAACUGAAACUGGAGUUGGUUGGUCUACUGAACUUGGGACCAUCUCAGCAACUGAUGAAUGGUGGCAAUCAAAAAUUCAGGAAAUGAGAGGAGCAAAGAAGUUUAGGCAUGUCGGCAUAGAGCCCUCGUUGUGUGCCAAGUACGAUAUCAUGUUUACUAACAUAGUGGCCACGGGACAAUAUGCUUGGACUCCCUCACAAGGACUCUUAUCAGAUGAAGAUAAUGUGACUGCUGGAAUGAGGAAUACAACCAAUGAGGAUACUAAUAUGGAAGAAGGAAGUGGCGACUCUGAAGAGGAUGCAAUCCCUGAUUUCACACGUGAUGUUAGCAAUAUGGUUGGUGGAAGCAAUGUCGCACACAGUUGCAGCAACCUCAGCAGUUCAAAGAGAAAGGGUGCACAUCAGACUACACCUCAAUCGCGAAAAAAGAAAAGGGGAACUGGAAUGGGAGCAGUACUAGUUGCACGUAUGGAUAAACUUGUUGAGACUGUCUCCAUGCCUAGAGGGAUCACAGCUCCUUGUAGAGAUAAAAAAGGUUGUAGCAUUGAAGAGGUAAUGGAAGAACUGCACUCUAUUGAUGGAGUUACCUUUGGUAGUGCAUUGCAUACCUUUGCAACUAAAUUCUUCUGUGCGAGGAGCAAGAGGGAGAUGUGGGCUGCAAUGGGUUGUAUUGAUAGAAAAGUAUCAUGGCUGAAAAUAAUGUUUGACCAACACAGACAAACUUAG